UAUUUCAGCUAAUUUACCUCACGCAAUGAGGAAUCUGGGAAUGUGCAUGCGUUUAAAUGAAAACAAUAGCAUAUGGUUAUUUCCGGGAAGCAGGAACAGUCUUUCCGGUCUAUGACACGUCCAAAGAUGGCGGUGCAAAUAUCUAAGAAGAGGAAGUUUGUCGCUGAUGGCAUCUUCAAAGCAGAACUGAACGAGUUCCUCACCAGAGAGCUCGCUGAGGAUGGCUACUCUGGUGUGGAGGUUCGUGUCACUCCAACCAGGACCGAAAUCAUCAUCCUGGCUACCAGAACACAAAACGUUCUUGGUGAGAAGGGGCGUCGUAUCCGUGAGCUGACUGCGGUGGUGCAGAAGAGGUUUGGCUUCCCAGAGGGCAGUGUUGAGCUGUAUGCUGAGAAGGUUGCUACUCGUGGUCUGUGCGCCAUCGCCCAGGCAGAGUCCCUGCGCUACAAGCUUCUUGGGGGUCUGGCUGUCCGCAGAGCCUGCUAUGGUGUCCUGCGCUUCAUCAUGGAGAGCGGAUCCAAGGGUUGUGAGGUGGUGGUCUCUGGAAAGCUCAGGGGUCAGAGGGCCAAAUCUAUGAAGUUCGUGGAUGGCCUCAUGAUCCACAGCGGAGACCCCGUUAACUACUACGUUGAUACUGCUGUCCGCCAUGUGCUGCUCCGUCAAGGUGUGCUGGGGAUCAAGGUGAAGAUCAUGCUGCCCUGGGAUCCCAGCGGUAAGAUCGGCCCCAAGAAGCCUCUCCCUGACCACGUGAGCAUCGUGGAACCCAAGGACGAGCAGGUCCCUUCAACCCCCAUCUCAGAGCAGAAGGGAGCCAAGCCGGAGGCCGCUGCCGUCGCACCUGCGACACCCGUCCCUACAGCAUAACCAUGACGGAGCCCCAAACCAGAGUCACAAUUUUCUCAGUGUAAGGCAGGUUUAGCAAAGUGUUACAAAGGCAGGAUAAGUUCCAGUACAGCUUGCACAGUGCUGCUUUGUCGUUCCCCCUGAACACAGAAACCCUGUUUCCUACUAUGUCUGUCUGCAUCCCACAGCUGGCAGGGACGCUUGGUUUCAGACACCACAUGGCCCGUUGAAUAAUCUAUGCAUUUUGUUAGCAUAGCCUAAAGGGAGUGCUAAAAAGAUGAAGGUAGCAAAAUGUCUGAUCUAAUUUUCCCUAUUAAAAAUAAUAAUUUUACAGGU